AUGGUGAAGUCUAAACAAACCUGCAAGAAGUCCACCGGUGGCACCGCGCCACGAAUUGCCUUGUCGUUGCCGGCAUCUACUGGAGCGGUCACUGCGCCGGGUGAGCUGAAUGUGAGAGAGCCGCCUGAACACAACGAGUUUUGUCUCAUCUGCAGAGACGGUUCUGUAGGGGAAGAUUGCCUCUUCCUCUGCAGCACCUGUCCGCGGGUGAUGUGUUCAAACUGCAUGAACAUCCCGCCUGCCAGUGCACACGCGGUGCAGGCCGAUGAUGUCACGUUCGUCUGCAUAUCUUGCCAUGUUGGCAUGGAACGACACGGGCGCGCAUCUCAGUCGCCCUAUUUUGGUUUUUACAGGAAGGGGCAACCGCUCCUUCCUUCAUUCCUCCAAAUUCGUGCUACGUUGGAGGUUUCACUCCAUUCCCAACUGUCUUCGGCACCCACGCUCAUGCUCCAUCUCGUCCUCGUCGACCAUGACGUCACCGGCGGCUGUUUCGAACUGGCCUCCGAAUUCCUUCGGCCAUACUUCCCCAGCGGAGGGUUUGAAUUUUGGUCCAUCGUGUUCGACAUCGGCAAUGCCUCAAAGAUCGACGAGUACCGGUUUCAGGCGACUGCCAUCAUCCAGUCGCUGAUGAGCUCCAACUGGGCUCGUGUCGUUGUCGCCAUCACUAAGCACACCGACAACGAGCAUGGAGAUCCAUUUAUUGUGUACGAGGGCAACAAGAAGUCAUACGUUUCGGCACGCGUUCACUCUGUUCUCGAUGUUCUGCUUUCACCUUGGCAUCCCCUGAUUCAUGGUGCCGCGGAAUCAUACUUAUGGCUGUUUUCGUGUGGCGCGCUCAUCAACAACGUCACUUCCUUUUCAGGCUUGCAACAGGCGGUCAUAGAUUUUCAGCCGAGUUUCGCCACCCACCUUUUGCUCGCAUUCGCGGAGCUGGUCAUCAUCGAGUGUUUGCCCAUUCACAUCGUCUUCCCUGACAUGUUGGGCCAGUCCUACAAACUUGGGCACCACACUGACGUGUUCUUGCUGAUGCCUGACAACUCAGGUUCGUUGGCCUGUUACCAAGUUCGCCUGGACGCAUUCCCAACUUCGCCCCUGGGGAUCCUUUUGCCAGGCAAAAGACCUGGCUCCUGCUGGAUUUCGGUUGUCUUGAGGCCCAUGCCUAGUGUCCCUGAUGAGGAUGAGGAUUAG